GAGUGUGCGGGAAAAAAAAGGAAAACCGGCGCCCUCUUCUCUCCCCGGUUACCGAAUAUGACACAAUGUCUGCUGGUAUAAAAAGCUAGGGCCACUCCUAUCAAGGCUCCACUUGCAUGUCUGGAGACCACUCCGGUGCUCUGUAGCGAAUAAAGGGAGGAGGCUGCUGUUGGGAUCCUGCGCGCGCGUGUGUACGGGAGAGACAGACGAAAGGAUGGCCACCCUGGUGCAAUCCGCAGAAAUGGAGACUUUAGGCGUUCAAAGCAAUGCGGGGACGUCUCAGACAUCCUCCGGGCCCUCGCAGCACUUCAACGACAGCAAAUUCUAUCUGCUGGUGGUUAUCGGUGAGAUCAUAACGGAGGAUCACCUAAAGUGUGCCAUUGCGGACAUAGAGAAAGGGAUCCGCUCAUGGGACACCAACCUUAUCGACUGCAACCUGGACCAGGAGCUCAAGCUGUUUGUCUCCAGACACUCAGCUCGUUUCUCUGCAGAUGUCAGAGGGCAGAGGAUUCUUCACCAUAAAAGUAAUGUCCUGGAGACGGUGGUGCUCAUCAACCCUUCAGAUGACGCAGUCAGUACUGAGGCUCGUUUGAUGAUCUCCGACACUUCCAGACACAAGCUUCUGGUUCUCUCGGGGCAAUGCUCUGAAAACAGUGGGGAGCUGAUUCUUCAGUCUGGAUCAUUCUCUUUCUCCAACUUCAUAGACAUAUUUACCGACCAAGAGAUUGGUGAAUUGCUCAGCACCAUUAACCCGGGAAACAAAGCCAACCUCACACUGUCCUGCCCUGAACAAGGCGAAUGGAAAAACUCCAACUUGGACAAACAUAACCUGCAGGACUUCAUUUACAUGAAACUAAACUCCACUACCAUACUCCCUGAAAUGGAGGGCCUCUCGGAGUUCACAGAGUAUUUAUCUGAAUCAGUAGAGAUCCCAUCUCCUUUUGACAUGUUAGAACCACCGACAUCAGGUGGAUUCCUGAAACUUUCCAAACCAUGCUGUUACAUUUUCCCUGCUGGUAGCGGUGACUCUGCUCUCUUUGCUGUCAACGGCUUCAACAUGCUCAUUAAUGGUGGCUCGGACAGGAAGUCAUGCUUCUGGAAGCUGGUGAGACAUCUGGACCGCGUGGACUCCAUCCUCAUGACCCACAUUGGUGACGACAACCUGCCAGGCAUCAAUAGCAUGCUGCAGAGGAAGGUUGCAGAACUUGAGGAGGAACAGUCACAGGGCUCGACAGCUAACAGUGACUGGGUGAAGAACAUGAUUUCUCCAGAUAUUGGCAUUGUGUUUGUGAAUCUUCCUGAAAACCUGGAUAACCCAGAACCUAAUUACAGAGUGCGGAGGAAUGUUGAGGAGGCAGCUUUCACUCAGCAGUUCCUCACAAAGCUAAAUUUGAGGUUAGAGUCUUUGCAAAGGCCUGUUGGAAACACAAUUGAACCACUCAUACUUUUUCAAAAAAUGGGCGUUGGGAAGCUUGAGAUGUAUGUGCUCAAUCCAUCAAGGAACAGCAAGGAGAUGCAGCACUUUAUGAAGCAGUGGACAGGAAGUGAAAAAGACACAACCUCCAUUCUGCUGCCAAACGGAAAAGAAUCUGAGUUCCCCGUCUCUUACUUGACUUCUAUCUCUUCACUCAUUGUGUGGCACCCUGCAAAUCCCUCAGAUAAGGUUGUGCGUGUUCUCUUUCCUGGAAAUGCCACCCAGCAUCACAUCUUUGAAGGUUUAGAAAAGCUAAAGCACUUGGACUUCUUGAAACAGCCAGUUGUCACUCAGAAAGUGAUGUCUUCUAAUAUGCCGGCUACACCAACACUUAAGCAAGCUAAGAUGAAACAAAGAACAGACAGCAAAGAGAGCCUGAAGACUACCCCAAAGCCAUCACCAAGCAAAAGCAUCAGAAAGGAUUCAAAGGAGGAAGAAAAGGCAAAGGCAGAUGCGGAAUCGUCUCAUGAAAAAACACAGAAGACUGAGAAAAAAGAAAAGGCCCCUCUGAAAAAGGAGAAGGCAAAGGCACCCGAGAAAGAAUCAAAAGCAAAGGCAGAGCAAACAGCUCAAAAUGAAACUCCAGAAAAAAAGAAGCCUGACAUAAAACCCAAAAAGGAGGCCAAAGUGUCUGUGGAAAAGAAAAAGGAGGUUAAAAAAGAAGUCGCAAAGAAAGAUGAUACACCCAAACACAGUGUUAAAAAGGAUGAAAAAGUAAAAAGAGAGGAGGCAAAGAAAGUUAUAAAAAAGGAUAUCAGAAGAGACUCACCUAUGAAGGAGAAGAAGGAAGAAAAGAAAGAGCAAAAGAAAGAUGUCAAAAGGCCCUUUAAAGACAUAAAGAAGACAUCCGCUGUGGGUGAAGAAAAGAGUCUAGCACCAAAACCAAAGCCCCUGAAAAAAGAAAAUGCUUCAAAGAAAGAUGCAGGAAUCCCAUCCAAGUUAAAAGAGAAAGGAAAGCCAAAGGUGACAAAGAAGGAGACAAAGGUGGACAGUGGCAAGCUUGCAUCAAGUGCAGCUGCUAUUGCAGAGGAUGUAGAAGCAGUAAGAUCUCAGAUGUCCACACCAGAAGACCUCACUAAGGACUUUGAGGAGCUUAGAGCUGAAGAUGUGGUGGAGGAUGACGCAACUGUGCCACAAAUUAAGGAAGAAGAGGCUGUGAUGAUCCACAGUGAAGACAUAAUACAAACCAAAGAGUCACCUGAGGCAUUAGAGUCUGUGGAUGAGGGUAUAACCACAACAGAGGUUGAAGGAGACACUGGAGAGACUCCAGAAGAACAAGUUCUUAAAGGAAAAUUCAACGGCAGUGUAAGUGAGAAGUUUGAAGAUGAAGGUACUGUCAUGGAGGAGACAUCUGAGGGAGGAGAUUAUGAAGAUAAGGGAGAGAUAGAAGAAGUUUAUGAACCACAGAGGGUGGAACCAGAUAAAGAAAAGCUUAUUCCUAGUGAAGAUGAACACCAGGACGACAAACCAAGAGCUAGUGUUGAAGACAACGAUGAUGUAACUAAUAAAGAUAUGGAAGGUCAGAAUGUAAGUGUGGGAGAAAAUGACAAACAUAAUCUGUUUGUAUCAGCCUCACCAAUAGUGUCUUCACCUGUUUCUCCAGCUGCAUCUAUCCAUGACGAAAUGAUUCCUGUUGGCUUUGAGAGCUCAACAGCCUCGGAUUAUGAGAACAGAGAUGAACCCCUUGAGGAUUACACUGUCACCUCUGGCCACACUCAGUCCACCCUUGAGAUCUCCAGUGUGCCUACUCCCAUGGAUGAGAUGUUGACUCCUAGGGACAUUAUGAGUGACGAAAACACCAAUGAUGAGUCUCCUUCACAGGACGUGGGCAGGUUUGUGACAUCAGCAUCUGGAGAGUUUGACAGGAAGAAGCUGUCUCCACUUCAGGAUAUGCAAGGGACAGAUCACUCGCAGAGUGAUGCCACAGAAGGCCAGGACUACAACCACUCUGCUUCCACGAUAUCUCCUCCUUCAUUACUAGAAGAAGAUAAAUUCUGUCAGGGGUUUCCCUAUGCAGGGAAAGCUGAAGGGUUUGCCACAGCUCAAGAGUCAUGUGAGAAUCAUGACACAGGCACAGACACUGUUAGACUCAGUUCAACUUCCACAACAUCACCUGUUGUGCGUUCUCCUUCAGUGGACCGCAAGGACAAGUUUGAUUCUCCAUCACUGUUUGCUGUUCCAAUAGAACUGUCCACCACACUUGCAGGGUGCGCCAGAGAGACAGCUAAUCCCUCCAUCAGCCCCGAUGACAAGACAUUGGAGGGAGCUAACUCGCCUCAGUCCUCUGGUCACACACCUUACUAUCAGUCGCCAGUAGAUGAAAGAGCAGGAGCUCUACCACCUGUGUCAGAAGACGAAGCACAGGGUCCAACAAUUGUGGAGGUAACAAGUGAUAAAGAGGAGUCCUCCAAUAGAGAUACUCCAGAGCCUAAUGAGCCAGAACGAGAAAGUUCAUCCCCUGUAGAGAGGAUAGCGUCCUCUCCAAAGUGCUCACCUUCAACUGCACCCGAUUCCCCAACGAAGAUGGAAAAGUCACUCUUCAAUGAAGAUCAGAAGAAAAAUGGAGAUUCAGUCUUGUCCUCAGCACCAAUGACCAAACAGGAAUCAGACACUAAUGUUUUUACAGCAUUCAAAGAAGAGAGUAAAAUGUCCAUUUCAGAGGGUACCACAUCAGACAAGUCAGGAACCCCUCUGGAGGAGGUGGUAGCAGAAGAUACAUUUUCUCAUUUAGCUUCAGCAUCCACCGCCUCUCUGGCCACCUGCUCCUUGCUAGAACCCACCACUGACUCUCCCUCCCUUCAUGCUGAGGUAGGCUCUCCUCACUCAACAGAGGUAGAUGACUCUUUUUCUGUGUCUGUGGUUCAGACCCCAACCACCUUCCAGGAAGCUGAGGGAUCGCCAUCAAAGGAAGAUAGCCCGAGGCCCAUGUCUAUCUCCCCAGACAUCUCACCAAAGACGAAAAGCAAAACACAGGACACAAAAUCCCCAGAGCACUCCACCAUGUCGAUCGAGUUUGGCCAAGAGUCCCCUGACCACUCCUUCGCCCUGGACUUUAGUAAGCAAUCUCCAGAGCAUCUAUCUGUGGGAGGCAGUUCACAUGCUACAGAGAAUGGCCCGACUGAGGUUGACUAUAGCCCCUCAGAUGGAGCAAAUGGAAAACAAUCUGGAGACCAUAGUUCUACAGUGGAAAAGCCUUUUCUUUUUGAUGAGAGCGAUUCAGCGCUUGCCACUUCUGCAACUCCAUCAGAUGCAUCUCAGUCAACUCCCUCUGUUACAACCCCAUGCCAGAUGACAGAGAUGCUACAUGCCGUGGCUGACCAGAAGUCUCCGGUCACCCCAAAGGCAUCCUCUCUCACCCACUCUCCCUACUCCAAUGAGCCAUCCCCAGUGCUAGGAGGGUCCCCGGCUAAAGAAAAAACUAGCCCAAUUUCACCAUCUGUGGAGAGCAUUACUAAUAAAUCUGACAUGCAACAGAAAUACGACAAGUCACCCUCACCUCCCAAAGCUGCUUCUCCUUCAUCGUCUUUUACCUUUACAAAAGAAGAGACCUUUUCCCCGGCAAAGGAGACUAAUCCCUUUAAAUGUGAGGAUUCUACACUUGAGGCAAAAUCCCCUGUGAGCCCCAAAGUUCCCUUUCCAUCUUAUCUACCUCUCUCCUCUGAUCCUUGUCAUUACAAUUCUGCCUGUGGCUCCAGGGACCCAGACUUUUCCACUAAGAAGACUCCCUCUGCUCCAUCUAAGACAGACGUCGACCUCUGUCUAGUCACUUCAUGUGAGUAUCUCCACCCCAAGACAGAACUGUCCCCGUCUUUCAUCAACCCUAACCCUCUAGAAUACUUCAUCAAUGAAGAGAAUGCCACGGAUGAGGAGAAGCCUCUGGUCAAGUCAGGAGGAGGGCCCCCACCUCCAGGUGGUAAGCUUUCCACCAAGCAGUGUGAGGAGACCCCGCCCACAUCCAUCAGUGAAUCUGCCCCCUCCCAGACGGAUUCAGACGUCCCACCAGGGACAGAGGAGUGCCCCUCCAUUACAGCAGAUGCCAACAUCGACUCUGAAGACGACUCUGAGACUCUGCCUACUGACAGAACACUGACCUACAGGCAUGCCGAUCCUCCUCCUGUGACACUCAGGGACUCCGCUCCAUCUUCAGGCCACCAUGAUGUCUGCAUGGUGGACCCAGAGGCCCUUAAUGCAGAAGAAAACCUCCACAAUGCUAAUACCGAAGGAGGAGAAAAGCCCAAGAAGAAAAAGCUCUUGAAAAAGUCUUCCUCGCCAGCUAGGAAGACUGCUCUAUCAAAGGUAAAGGACACAAAGACUUUGUCUCCAAAGAAGAAUGUCGGAGAAGGGAAAGAUGCAAAGAAUGCAACCAAUACCUCUGCAUCCAGAGGUGUAAAAAGUGCUUCAUCAGGUACUGGCAGUGGAAAGGUACCAGGUGGGGUAUCUCUGCCCAACUGUCCUCCUAUGUACAUGGAUUUGGUUUACAUCCCUAAUCACUGCAAUGCCAAGAAUGCGGAUGCCGAGUUCUUUAAGCGGGUGCGCUCUUCUUACUAUGUGGUCAGUGGCAAUGAUCCAACAGCUCAGGAGCCCAGUAGGGCUGUCCUUGAUGCUUUACUUGAAGGAAAGGCCCAGUGGGGAAACAAUAUGCAGGUCACUCUGAUUCCAACCCAUGACACUGAUGUGAUGAGGGAGUGGUACCAGGAGACCCACGACAAGCAGCAGGAGCUCAACAUCAUGGUCCUGGCCAGCAGCAGCACUGUUGUCAUGCAGGAUGAGUCUUUCCCCGCUUGUAAGAUAGAGAUGUAGGCCUGUUCAGCAAGAAAACAGCGGGCCUAGUGACUGAUAAUGAUUAUUUAAGGAAGAAAACAAAUCCAUGUAGCAUAAAGCAUAAGCAGACACUUAAACAACACAAUAACUUAACACUUAUAUUCUAAAAUGCUCUUUCUUGUGUACCAAACCAUGAAAAAGAUAAUAUCUCCAAUGAGGACUAAGACGAAUACAAAUUAGCUUUGAGGGGCUCCAUCUAAAGGACAAUGUUUCCUCCGCACUGUAAAGUUUUAGGUUUAAAUGUAUCAUGCUGGGUGGAAAUUAGAAUCCAAAAGAAGCACGGCCAAGUCAUGAUUGUCAAUUAAGCUAACUCUUACAGUUCAAAUAAUGACGAUGUUGAUGAAGUAUUGAGUUUCGUCUGAUUCCCCAGAUCUGAAUACAUGAGAGGGUUUAAUCAAUUUAACUGCUGUCAGUGAACAAAACACCCCCGCAUAUGAUAUAUUCUUGAAUAACGGCUGUUAUCCACACCAAAGUAUAAAACACGUUUUCUGUUAUUGCCUUAGGGAGAGGGUCAAAGUGAAUGUAUAAGAACUGGUGCAACUAGCAGAAGAGUGGGCAGGUAACUCUACACACUAGUGGUCAAUCCCAAAAAGGACUGUUAUAUGGUUACAUAGUUGAAUGAUGGUGGAUAUGAAAUAACUUGAAAGGACACUCAACACUGAUUAGCAUUAAUAUGAUGUCUGACUUCAUAUUCAUCACGGGCGAGACAAAGUGCCCCUGUUGUGAAACAUUAUGCUUUUAAGUCGGCUGGGUUUCAUUUGAUUUAAAAUGGAUGUUUAUGUUGCUGCUUAUGUAUGAAUACUAAUUUAUUAUGUUAAAUGUUAAUUUAUUGUGCUUGAUUGUCCAGAUAGCCUUUUGCACUGCGCAACAGGAAGUUGCUUCAGAAUGCGCUCCCUUGCCUUUUGUCACAAUGCUUUUUAGAGGAUCGCCUUUUAUUUCAAAAUGUCUGUUUUAUUUCAGUUAUUCAGUUAUGGUUAUUUAAAAGAGAGAAGAUCAGAUCUUAUUUCUUAUACCUGUUUUUAAUGUAAUCAUUGAGCUAUGAGAGUGCUAGCCUUUCCCAUUGUAGAGCUGGUGAGGCAGGAUAUUUUCAUAAACCUUAAAAUGUCUUGUUUUUCUAAAGCAUUGUACUAUAAUUAUAAAUAGCUUUGUGGCCGAUGGAGUGGUUGGAAGACAUGCAUGAUGUGUUAAUGUUUUUUUUCUCUUUUUUUAUGGGGAUUUUGCUCAGACUUGCAUUAAGAACAACAGGGCUAGGCUAAAUACAUUAAUGUAAGGAGCAUUUUAGGAUUUUUGCAAGUUGUGUCAUGACAUUGUACACUACAGUAACUCAAAUGGCUUACAAACGUGCACUGUAUCAAUAUAACACUUGACUUUGGGUGCGGUACAGAAGGUUGAAGGCUGAAAGUUUCUUGUGACAGAAGAGUUUCUCCUCUUUAGUCGGGAUGAAAAGGUAAAAGCUUCCGGUAGAGGCGCAGUCUUGAGAGAGGCAGCACACGGAGGUGAGAGUGAGUGACUUGUGUGUUUUUGAUGAAAGUAUGUAAAACAAAAACACUUUAAACACAUACACAACACAAACCCAACAAACAGCACAGAUGCCACAGAUCAACUUUGACAGGCCACCUUCUGGAGAAACAUUAACAAAUCACAAUUCGAUGAUGACAGACUUUGGUACUUUGGGCUAUUCUAUCAACUCAUCAAGCUCACCAGAUAUUUCUGAAAUGAUGUCCGGUGUUCAUGAUACUUAUAAUCAGAUGUCCUGCAGGGGAACUCAAACCAACAACACACAAUCUCUGAACUGACAAUUCUCUUGAACUGGCAUUUCUUCUUUCUCCAUACUUCCUCUCUUUCUCUUUCUCUCUAUUUAUCUAUGCCUUUUUCUCCUUAUCUUUCUCUCGGGAGAACUUUAAUAAUGUUUGUCUGCAGCUGUGUGGUAUACUUGUCUUGUGAUCUUGCAUCUUCUCUGCCCCUUACCCCAACUCAUAUGUAACGUAUAGCAAUUAGUUUCAAGUGAAAGUAUUCCUUAGUGCUUUCUGAUGUAUGUGUGCAAUAUUUCCUCUCCCCAUAUGGCGAAACUGAUGUAAGAGGAACCACUACUAAAGAACAAACAUUUAAAACAACCCCAAUAAAAUCUGGUGUGAAAAAAAAG